AUGAUUCCACCGAGUGUUUCUCAUCUCCUGGCCGUUGGAGCUGGAAUUGGCACUCUUGUGUCUGCUCUUGACACGACAACUGUAAAAACAGAUAACGGUGUUGUUAAAGGCUUUACGAACGAGUCUUUUCCCAAUGUGGCUCAAUUCCUCGGUAUACCUUAUGCCGAACCUCCGGUUGGGAAACGGCGAUGGGCUCCUGCAGUAGCCAAAGGACUAUUCGGAACAUUAGAUGCAUCGCAUCAAGGCCCUGCGUGCCCUCAAGCCGAACCAUCCAACAGUGGCCCAUGGCGCCCUGAGUUUCUGAUCAAGCCUAACAGCACAAGCGAAGACUGUUUGUAUCUGAAUGUUUGGACUCCGUACAAGGCUCGGGCGAGCAACAAGGGAAAGCUUCCGGUGUUGAUUUGGAUCCAUGGUGGAGGUUUCACUGGCGGCGGUGGUAAUAUCGACUACCAAGUGCCUCCCCACUGGAUCGCAAGAAGUCAGAAGCACAUAGUCGUCAGUAUCAACUAUCGUCUCGGAAUCUUUGGGUUCCCAAAUGCCGCGGGUCUUGACUCCGAGAAACAGAACCUAGGACUUCUAGAUCAACGUCUCGCCGUUGAGUGGGUGCGCGACAACAUCUCACGCUUUGGAGGAGAUCCCAAGAGGAUCACUCUCUGGGGUCAGAGUGCUGGCGGCGCUUCGGUGGGAUACUAUCAGUAUGCGUAUCCUAAGGACCCAAUCGCGCAUGCAUACAUCCAAGAUUCUGGGGGUGUCUUCUUGCCCAUCAACAAUGCUGAUUCCACACACUCCAACUUUACCUCUAUCGCAAAGGCGUUCAAGUGUGACAAAGACAAUCAGGUCGAUUGCCUCAGGAAGAUACCCUUUAGAGACAUCCAAAAGAAGGUCGAGAAUACAGCGGGAGUGAGCUUUGUCCCUGUCGUGGAUGAGAGAACCAGGUUCUCAGACUACUCAAGCCGACUUCUAUCGUCCAAGAUCCCUAAGCUGCCAUCCAUCAUCGGUACAAAUAGAGACGAAUGGAACUUUGGUGGAGAGCCAGCAGAGCCUCCAGUAAAACCACCACCUGAACAAGUCCAUACAGACAGUACCUUCGGUUGUCCCGCACACUUCGAAACAGCUCUGCGGUCCUCAACUAACGCCAAGACCUGGCGAUACAUGUACUCAUCAAACUUCACCAACAUCAUGCCCGGAGAUGAAGGGGCUUUCCACUCUGCUGAGCUUCCUUUGAUCUUUGGAACUCACAGCAUCGCGCGGAAUAAGUCUAGGCCGUUUGAGUACAAGAUCAGUCAUGCGAUGCAGGAUUACUGGUUGGCGUUUAUUCAGGAUCCUUAUACUGGACUGACAAAGAAAGGAUGGAAACCAACAGCUGGAGGGUACGGUACGUUGCAGACUGGCGUGGAGUUUGGGUAUGACAAUGAGAUUGUCUCGAGAAAGUAUUCGUUCAAGUCCUUUCAGGAUGGGUGUAAGAAUGCGACUGCAGUUGAGCAAUAG